AUGGAGACGCAGCACAAGCCUUGGCUGCCCGAAGCGAUUUCCACUUCCCAUCUUGCUCUCUUUUCUCUCACAGCUAAUCCAAGCUUGGCAGCCGAUCUGCACGCUUCCCUUCUUGCCGCCGCUCGUGCUUCAGACGACGAGACUGGUCGAGCUGCAAAGGCGCGCGUCGACUUCGCGCUCAUUGAUGCGGCUACCAUCGUAUCCGAGGCCCACCUUCACACCGCUGUUUGGCAAGCCCAGACCGCCCUCGGAAAUGGGCUGCAGAAAGCCAAGAGCAAUCAUGCAGAGGUCAUAUAUAGACUUGGCAUCACUAACAACAUAGGCGACGCUCUGAGAACUUUUGGCCUUACCCCAACCACCACGCAUCUCGUGCUCAUCCGCUUGAGUGCUCCUUCAUUGCGGGUCAAGGAAGUCCUCCAGCAAAUGCAAGCGCUCGUACCUGGUGCAGAACUGCUUCCUCUUAGCUCUCUCGGCCUUUUGCCCAACCAAGACCAGAAUGCACCGUCAAUCACUGAUCGGCAACGGAUUUCCAAAGCUUACAAGCUUCAGACUACGGACCAGAAAAGCGAAUUGAGCGUUCAGGAGAGCAAGAAAGUAGAGUCGCUCGUCGUCGGUGCGGUAGCAGCAAAGAGCAUCGCUGCGUGA